AUGGGGGAACCAACGCAGGUGGUAUCUGCGGCUUUCGGUUUAGCCAAAAGUGCCUUUGAAACAGCGAAAUGGCUUCAGAGAGUAUGCAAAGCGCGCAACGAUGCGGAGGAGCUGUAUGGGUACACGUUACACAUACGCGCACUGUCAGUACGCAUUGGCCGCUUCAUCGAAAAGCGCUGGUCCAAUGCUGUUGAUCCAGAAAUCGCAGCAACUCUUGACUCCAUUAGAAGUUCUAUCGAGUCCGCUCACAGAGCUUUGGCAGUGCUGGACAAGAUUGGGAAGCCUUUGGCUCAACAGACCGAUAAGAGCUGGUACAGAAGGGUAAAAUAUGUCUGGGAUAGCGAUGUGCGCCAGGACCUUGAGAAGUCCAUCGAUCGGUCUGUGCAAUUUCUGAUAUUGGACUGGUCGAUGCUUCAGACCCAGGAAUCUGAUAUGGCGCGAACAACCCUUCGGUACAGUGAAGUCUUGGAGCCUUAUGCAGAGCAAUCGUGGCAAAAGGCCGACCAGCGGGUGAAUCGCUUGGAAAUUCCAGAUACCGUCCAAGAAGACGAUGUUUCGGAACUGCCGAGCCCAGGAGACGAAGAGGAGUUGGAUAGGUUCCAACUCCUGCCUUACCUUGAUCUAAGUGAAGCCGCUCUUGUUGUACCAAUCCAGCUUCGGGACGCGCAACAGUUGAAAAGGAUGCUUGACGAUGGCUUCGACGCGAGUUUCAGGGUUGAACAUGAGCGGACGCUAUUGCAUCAAGCCUGUUUGAAUCUUGACGAAGAAAGCCUGGAGCACUUACUGUCUUUUCAACACCGCCUUCCGGAGAGGUUCGUUGACGCCACGGACGAUCGGGGCGAUACUGCACUGAUGUUGGUCGCAAAGCAAGCCGACGAAGAUGCCAGCAUCGGACUCGCCAAGCAACUACUUUCCCAUAAAUGCGACCCCAGCAUUGUGAACCCUGGCGAGACGCCUAGGGACGCACUAUAUUACGUCAUCGACGGCUCCAAGACUGAGAAACGCGUGACCUUAUUCAAGUUGCUGGUGGAUGAGUAUGGUGCCGAUCUAUCGCUCAUCACAGAUGCUUUUCCGAAGAGAACAAAGCAGUACCUUGGUCAAACGAACGGAGAAGGCAGGAGAGACAGCCAGGGCGAUACUGCGGUCGAGGAUGAUGAAGAUCCGGAACUGAUGCUAGAGCGUCGACCAAGUUUGUUGGAAAGAGUGAAGCGGCGCUUCUCUACGACUCACCCGGAUAGUGGUAAUGAUUAG